AAUGCUUGGCUGAAUCUGAACGUGUUCUUAAAGUGUUGGGGAUGAGUUAUUUAGAGAAGGCUGUUGACUAUGAUGCUUUAAAUGCUUCAGAAAUGCUUUAGGGUCGUAAAUCUGCUAUGCAUUCAUGUUCUUGGCACGAAAAAGCUAAGAAAUUGGAUAGAACACCAAAAAACACAAUUUGACCAGAAGGCAAAGGAAGCUAAACUUAAGGUUUUUGAAGCAAGAGGCAAGAUAAAGACUUUGAAGCAGAAAAUAAAAGAGGACACUGCCAAAGCUAUUGAUGCUAGGGAUGGGGAGCAGGAAGCAAUUGUUUCUCUUAAUAGAUCUGCUGCAGAGCAAGCUCAUGGAAAGCUGCUUGAAUCAGAGACAAUGCUUUUGAAAAUUGAUCAGACAGCUGAUGUUAUAAGAGUAGAGCCCAUCUUCACGGACUGCAGUGGUCAUAUGUAUUGGAAAUUGAAAUGCGCUGAUGAAUCUGAUGUACUGCAUCAAGAUGUUGGGAAAGGGGAUACUCUUACCUUAAAUGAAAAAUGGUUUGCUCUCAGUGCUGAAGAAAAAAAAGAAAUUGAGAAGAAUAUUACUACAAGGGGAGAGUAACAGCACCAGGUCCUCGUCAUUCUCUGAUUUUGGCAUCCUGACCGGAAUCUCCUACUCCCUCCGCCCCAAGGAAGAUGACCCCUUCCUUGGGCAACACGGGGUUUUAUGCAGCUUUAUUUUUGUGUGUUAAGUGGAGAGAGUAAAGUAAGAGAGUGGGAAUAUAAUGCGUCAUCUUGGCUGGGACAAACCAAAAAGGAAAAUGCGUCAUCUUCAGUGGGACGGAGGGAGUACAUACAGUAACUCAUAACAUGCUAACGUUGUGGGCAUUGGUUUCUCAUAACUACAGCAGUGUAGUAGGUACUUGUUUAGAACAUCGUCUCCUUUUUUCAUAUUCAAGACAAUAUAUGCAGUCAACCAACAUUCUUUGAUUACCUUUACCAGUCAAUGUACAUUUAUACCAUACACUAAUAUAUCUGUUGGGCGUUUGCAUUAUAUGUGAAUACAAAUUGGAGGUUUUUAAAA